AUGCCGAGCAGAACUUAUGUUGCAAAAUCGCAGAAAACUGCCGGUGGUUUAAAAGUAGCAAAGGACCGUGUAACAUUGUUGUUUUGUUCCAAUGCUUCAGGAGAACGUAUGUUAAAACCACUGCUAGUAAAUCGUGCUUUAAGACCACGCUCGAUGAAAAGUGUAGAUUUCAAUAAACUGCCAAUUCACUGGACAGCAAACAAAAAGGCAUGGAUGACCAGUGCAAUCUUUACAGAAUGGUUCCAGAAAUACUUCAUUUCAGAAGUUAGACGCUACAUGAAUGCAAAAUGUCUAGAAUUUAAAGUUCUUUUAAUUCUAGACAAUGCAACUUGCCAUCCGCUCUUGGAGCACCCAAAUGUGCAAUUUUGCUAUCUUCCGCCUAUCACUACAUCCUUAAUACAACCGCUAGACCAAGGGAUCAUUGCUACUUUUAAAAAGUACUACAUAAAACGUUCAUUCCAAUACGUGGUAGACAAACUAGACCAUAAUGAGGAUUUAACAGUUAUUGAUAUGUGGAAAAAAUUUUCUAUUAUGGACUGCAUUAAUCAAGUUGGGUUAGCGUUAGCUGACUUAAAGCCAUCAACCUUGAACUCAUGUUGGAAAAAUAUUUGGCCAGAAUGUGUCAAAAGCAAAGAUCCUGAUCCUGUCACCCAUAAUAACGCUGUUUUUACUGACAUCACAACGCUAGCACAUACAAUUGGUGGAGAUGGAUUCGAUGAUCUAUCAUUUGCCGAUAUAGAGGAAUUAUUAGCUGAUAAAAGCUUGAGCGAAAAUGAAAUUAUAGACCUCACCCUUGAGACUCAUCAAGACAGAGAACAUAGCGAUAAUGACGAAGAAGAUCCUCCCAUUUUAAAUGCAACUCUAAUUAAAGAAGGUCUUGAUCUUGCCAGAAAAUUAGGUAAUCAUUUUCAACAACAUGAUCCUGAUGAGGAACGAGCUGCAAAAUUUCAACGUGAACUGAAAUCAUUAAUGCCAUCUUACAGGGAACUUUAUAAAGGUUUAUCACGAAAUCAAACACAAUCUUUAAUGACUGAUUUCCUUCUAAAAACUACCGAAUUAUCAACACAGGAGCCUAGAGAUGAUAAUCCAGAAACAAUUUCACAAGAUGAUGAACAAAAUAAUUCUAGUGAUGGCAGUGAUAUUCUAGUCUUACGCAAACGUAUGCGUUUAUUGUCAGAAAGUGACAAUGCAUAA